AUGUCUGGUGCAAGCGGAAGUGGGAAGCCUAAUAUGGAUGAAAUUAUGCAGAAGUGGGAGAGUUUGAAGUGUGAUUGUUUGUUUACUGUAUUUCUGAUCUGCAAAGCCAUGGACUUGGAAUCUAAUAUUCUCGAUCUUAUCGAAUUUAUUAAAAACGAAGUUAUAAUCGAAAGUGAUCUUACAGAGACGCUUAAGGAGGGAUUAACAUUUCUGUUACCACUUGUUCGCUGUGCCGCGUAUUGGAUCAGCGUGGAUGAGGAGGAGUUGAGAGAUCUUUUGGAUCGUAUCCAGAGUUUGAUCACAAAGGCAAGAUGGGACCUUCAUUUGACUUGUGAUAUUGGAAGAUCUGAACUGGAACGUGUUGCUUUUGACCUACUUAAAGAGAUUUGGUUUCUCAAGCCAGACAUUGUUUUAGUCCUUAGAUUUCUGCCCAAGGUAAGAUAUCCUAGAUACACGAUUGGAAUCCUGGCUGGGUGCAUCGAAUCUCUCGUUUUCAAUCUAGAGUUUUUGCUGAAGUCCAGGGCAGAUUUUGUUGCUCCUGUGAAGGAAAAACUUGAACUUGUCAAAGGAAAUCUAGAGUAUCUGGGAGGUUUUGUUUCCUUCAUACUUAAGAACUGUAUUCGUGAGUCCAACGACGUCGACAAAUUCUGGGAUUAUGUCACAGGUGUAAUAAAAGAAGCAGCAAGUUGUAUCUCUUCACUUUGUUUGGCAGAGGAUUCGGAUGAUUGCAUUAGUUUAAUCCUUGUAGAUCUACUAAAGAGCAGUAAACCUUAUGUUGAAGCCCUGAAAGUUUUACCCUCAGUGCUAAGCUUCAGUUGGGAAUUGGAUGCCUUUGCAAAGGACUUUGUUAAUUUCAUCCUAGGAGCGCAGAUAACAGAGGAGCUCAAUUCCCGGUCUUAUCUACUGAUCUACAAAGAUCGUGUUCAAAAACUCCAAAAUUUGCUCUGGUCACUGCUAGUAUAUAUCUUAUGCAAUGAAGUUCAAAAGGAAAACUUGAUAAUCUUUGAUCUUGUAUUCAAUGAGUUUUGGUCCUUCAUUAAAUCAUUGGACAACCGAGAAAUGGAUGAAGAUUUGGGCAAAGAAUUUGAUCUUGCUAUAUCCCAUUUGGUGCAAAAGAUGGAGCCCGCGGCAUCAAAGAUUUUGCAGUAUAUUAUCGAGGUAAAAAGGCCAAUUGGAUUGCGCUUUUCCCAGAUUGAUAGUUUGGGAUGUAUAGAUUUGGUAUCGCAGAAUUUGCUGAGAUUGUUGGAUCAUAGUAAUUAUUCAAUUGCUUUGGCAAAAUAUCAGAUUAAAUUUGUACUGGCUGAGAUUAAAAUUUUCAAACCUUUUCUCGAAAAUAAUGUUGACCAACAAGGAGAGCGUAAGGAAGUGUUAGAUGUUUGCAAUCAUAUGACCAAUUUAUUUGUCAUAUUUGAGUAUGUUGCUGCAGGAUUCUUGGUUGAUAAAAACUUCUCGGUUGAUCUUCUUUACACAUGGGUUAAACAUGGAGACGAUGUCAUUGCAGAAAUUAAGCUUUUCAAGGACAUUGUUGAAUUUGCGCGUAUCUUCAUGGAAAAAAAGGAUGCCCCAAGUGAUUGUCAAACAUCAAAACCUAGCACUCCAAUCAUUGAUGAAGCAGUUGUAGGCUUGGAGGACCAGAUAGAAAUAUUAAUGGCACGGGUAAUUGGUGGAGGGGCAGAGCUUAAUACCAUUCCUGUCAUUGGCAUGCCAGGGAUUGGUAAGACAACACUCGCCAAAAGAAUUUACAAUGACAGAAGAACUUCAGAUCACUUUGAUAUUCGAGCAUGGUGUUCCGUUUCUCCUAGACAUACG